GAUUACUGCUUUGCUACUGAAACAGGGAUGUGAAUAUGUUCAACUUGGUUCAUUAAUGUAUAAUGGAUUCCCAGUGGGAGGGUUCAAUUCCUGACCAUCCUUAUCUUCCUAGUGUUUCUAAAUCUGUUUACAUAUUGGGAUGUAAGUAUGACUCUUUAGAUGGUAAGUAUCCUUCAUUAUUUGUGCUUAAAAUCAUUGUUCUGGUUUUGGUUACAUUUUAUUUUUGAGUUUACAAACACUGGACUGUACCCAAAGACUUAGUUUAUAUUUAAGGCACAUAAAACGAGGGACUCAAAUAGAUGUGGAAUCAUAGUCAAACACUUUAAAGGUAUUCCAAAUUUUUAAUUUUAGUCAGGAGACUCAUGUUGGAGUUGUUUUGAUGUUCCUCACAAGUAUUUCUCUAUGGUUUUGCUUCCAUAUAGGGAGGAAAUUGCACGUCACCUAAAGUCUCGACUAUGGAUGACUUACCGAAAGGGUUUCUCCCCAAUCGGCAGUCGAAAUGGUCCUAAAUCAGAUGCUGGAUGGGGUUGUAUGCAUCGCUGUGGACAAAUGAUUCUUGCUGAAGCCAUGUUAAGAUUUCACCUCGGACGAUCGUGGAAAUGGAGUCCUGAACAAGAAAGCCCGGAAUAUUACCGCCUUCUACAAAUGUUUCAAGAUCGACGGUCUGCUCUUUAUUCCAUUCAAACUAUAACCCUCACAGGUGUAUCACUUGGCAAAUCUAUUGGCAGUUGGUUUGGUCCAAAUACUGUUGCACAAGUACUCAAAAAACUAUCUGUCUAUGACCGUUGGACAAAUUUAUUUAUUCAUAUUUCUGUAGAGGAUGGGAUUAUUAUUGAUGAAAUCAAAUCUUUAUGCUGCCAACAUCGACCUUAUUUCAAUUUCACUAAUAAUGCUAAUGAAAUUGAUAGUCAAUCCGAAUCGAUGAAACCUAGUGCUGAUGAAUGUAAAGAUGAUCCCGCAGAAGAAUCGGACUCAUCAUCAUCUUCAUACAGUUGUCCAUUUGCUCAAUCUGUUAUUGAUGUAAAUCAAAGUUGUGAUUGGAACAAUGAAGCUCUCAGUAUGCGUAAUUAUGAUUCAGAAAUAAUUGAUUUACGAUCUCAACUUCAAUUACCUGUUACCAGAGAAGUGGAUGAUAGUUGUAUAGAAAUAGUUUUACCUCCAACUUUCACUAGUUCAAUACUUGUUAAUACUCAAUCAAAUGAAUCAAAUGUAUUAUCUACAUCUAAUGUAAUUAAUCCCCAUCUUUCUUCAUCGAUUCUUGAAGAUAACAAGAUUUCCAUUCCUGUUGAUGAUAAUACUCAUAAAGAUUGUCGAGAAAAUCAACUUCCUAUGGAUCAAACGAAUCAAUACAAUAACUAUCAAUUUAACAGCACUACUAUUGCCUCUGUACAUGUUAAAUCCUCAUCCUCCUCAACAAAUUCACCUUCAUCGAAUUGGAGGCCACUAUUGUUAUUUAUUCCUCUUCGACUUGGGUUACAUAAUCCUAAUCCAUGUUAUUUCAAUGCAAUCAAAGCUGUAUUUCGUUUGCCACAUUGUGUCGGAAUAUUAGGCGGUUCACCAUGCCAUGCUGUCUGGAUUGUAGGUGUUACUGAUGAUGAUGUAAUCUGUUUAGAUCCACAUACUACUCAACCCGCUGGUCGCGGUAAUUUAAAACCAGAUUAUGAUCAAACAUAUCAUUGUGAUAAUCCUAUACGUAUCCCGCUUAAACGAUUAGAUCCAAGCAUGGUGUUAGGUUUUUUAUGCUCAACUGAAAAGGAAUUUGAUGACUUAUGUCAUAAUUUAAAAGAAAAAGUUCUACAUCCUUCCGUGGCUAAUUCAUGGCCUCUAGUAGAAAUUCAUACGACAAGACCGUCUAACCUACCACCACUUCCCUCAUCCAAUAUUCCAAAUGAUCUAUUAAUUUCUGUAUAUCCUUCAGAUCAGGAUAAUCUUGGUUGUGAUGUUAAUGAAAAUGCAGAUAAUUCAAGUCACAAUGCUAAUAAUAAAGACGAUGAACAUGAAGGCAAACUAAGUGAAGCAAUGGGUGCAGUAAAAGCUUUAUGGUCCAAAUGUAAUCAAGUAGCUGGCGAUACUGUUCGUAGUUUAGCAAAUGUACCACAACGAUUUGUAAAAAGUAUGUUGCUUUUAUAAAUACUUUCUAUUAUUUAAAAUAAAAAUAUUCAACGCCUAAAGGUUUAUUCAAUUCAUCAGACUUGUUACAUUUAUGUUGGAGCUGUCACCAUAUUUAUGGAUUAGUGAAUGGGACACACUAGUGACCAAUUGCCUUGUAUUUCUAAUCAUUAACUUUUUACUCAAAUUAUCGUGUUUUGUUUUAUCCGUCUUAAUCUUUAUAUCCUACUCAACAUAGUAUUCAUUGUGGGCAAUAACUAAUCAGACACUACAUCAAGAUCCUGAAUAUGAAGUUAGUUAAUUAAAAUGGUCAAUCUCAGUGUGUCGUUGUGUAUUAUGAAUAAUCAAUUAUUAUCCAAUGUAGUUCUACUGGAUUUUUGUUUGUUUUAAAUGUCAAGUACAUACAGUCAGAAUUGAUUAACAAUAUAGAGAAGAAGAAAACAAUUAUUAAAAAUUUAUCUGUUUUAUGAAAUGUUUUCCUUUUGCACACGUACACAUACACAGAUACAGAGAGAUUAAAUGAUGGCAGUUAUUGUCUAUACCAGAGACUACAAUUAUGAUUAUUAGUAAAAUUACUAUUGUUUUUUGUUGUCGUUCUCGUUGUCAUCGUUUUGUUUUGUGCUUCUUCUGUCGGAUUCCAAAUUUCACUUUAUAUCUUUUGAUAAUUAUUUACAUAAUUUAUAUUUUUAAAAGGAAAUUUAAUAUUUGUUAACUGUGAUUGUGUGGUGUUGAUAGUCUGUUAAUCGUUUGUAAUGUCUACUUGUCUUGGUAAUAACAAUAAUCGGUAUUAUUAUUGCUAAUUGCUACCGUUGGUAUGAUUAACAGCAGUACUAGUAAGAUAUAACAACAAUGGUAUUCUAUGAAUUCAACUGUAAAUAUAUUUCUUUUCCUUUCUAUGGAGAUUCUUCCCCAUAAAACUGAUGUCAUUUAGGUGUGUGUUUAUGUUUGUCUGUAUUUAUCAAGAUGAAUAGAUUCCGUGUUUGAAUGAUUGAAAUUGCUUUUCACAACAAAAAUAAUACAUACUACUGUCUCUUCCAUUAAAGAGAAACACAUACAAUUUGAUGUAAUCAACCAAUCAGUCCAUUCAUACACGUACACACAGAUACACACGGACAAAAUACGUACACUACUUGUUACAACAAAUAUCCCCAAUACUAAUCAGUGUGAUAAGAUUUCUAUAACUAUAUUAUUAUUAUUUAUUAUUAUUCGAUACACUACUGAUAAUUAUCAUAUAAUUAUAUUGUUCUACUUCUAUAGAGGUGACAAAUUUCAGUUAAAUCAGGUAUUAUUGUCCAUUGCCAAAUUUCUCCGUUUCUUUGUCAUAUCUGUUUAUUUAUUUGAACUAUAAAAUGAUUAUUAAUGAACAAUUUAAUCUUAUUGUUUCAAUAAUAAUAAAAUGGUUUAUUUC